CGCCCCUCAGCGGCACUCGGAGCUCGCCCCGCCUCCGCCCUGCGCGCUCCGCCUCGGCCUCCCGCUGCUGCCCCGGCUCCCGCCGGCCGCCCGCCGACCCGUCUCCGUGGCGACGCUGCGUCCGGGGCGCCCCGCCCGGAACCCCGCGCGAGUGUGAGCCCUGCGGACCAGCGGUGUGAGAGGCCCCGCGGCGGCUGCGGGUCGCCUCUCCCCACCCUCGCGUGCAGACCCGUGAACUCGCACACCGGUCCGGGCCCCGGAGCUCCGCGGCUGCCCGAGCGGCGCGCGGAAAGAAAAAGUGAUGGUUGAACCAAAUGAAGCAAUGUCAGAUAAAUGCCUCUUUGGAUGCAGACCAAGAUUGGCAAGUAAACUUUGUUCCUUACCAACACAAGUCUCUCUAAAUGUAUCUAGGACAUUCUCAGAAAAGAAGGAAAUCUCUUCAAGAAUUGUUGAAAAACCUACUACUUCUAAGAAUACUGAAGAUAGAAUAUCUUCAAAUAUUGAAAAUAAAGAUACAGAAAUGAACCUACAAUCUAAGCAAUGGUCAUCGUCCUUCUUAAAAGAAAGCACGGGUCAAGUGGGUAAAAACACAGUCCCUGCAGAGCAGGAGAAAAAUAAUGAACACUCCUUCCAAGAUAUUGAUGAUAAGUUAUCUGAAUCAACAGAUGAUGAUGGUGAAGAUGAUACCAAUGAUGAAGAUGAUGAAGACAGUAACCCUAACAAGGAUACCCAUGCCCCAUUGGAGUUAAUGGCAGAAUUCCUACGAGCAGAAAUGGGUCAAGACUACCAUUUGGCAAAAAAAUUAUGUCAGAUGAUCCUAAUCUAUGAACCAGAAAAUCCUGAGGCCAAGGAGUUUUUCUCACUUAUUGAAGAAAUGUUGCUGAUGGAGAAAUCUCAAAAUCUUGAGGAAGAUGAUGAAGAUAGUGAAGAAGACAGUAGCGGUGAGAGUGAAGGAGAAAGCAGUGAGGAGUUAAGUGAAGAAAGUUCUGAUGAAUGUGAAGACGAGUGAUGAAAGUUGCUGCUGUGGUUCAAUCUUCAUGUAUUUUCAUUAUUGUAUACCAUGGAAAUAUAAAGGACAAAGCUGAA